UCUUUCACGCACCUCCGACUCCGAGUGAAGUCGGAGUUGCCUGUGCGGCUCACGGACCCCCAAUGAAUGGCAUGCCCGCAGCAGACCCGUUUUAAUUUAAAAAGCCAGCUGAAAACAGAGCACCCCCCCAUCCAUCACUCCACCACUACACCAAUAGUCAUACCUCCCUAUUCCAGCAAACCAUCCAGCGAUCAAACCCUUUCAGUCGAUCACUCUUGCAUGUUCGCUAACGGCUUGUCGAGCUCUCACAACAGAUAUAGCUCGGGACGCAAGUUUUGUGCACCGGGUGCUAGCCGCUAUACGCAUUAGAUUUCCAUCUAAGCUAUCAACUACCUAACCUCUUCGCCACAUAAUCACCACCUCUACUUACCAAUCUCACCACAUACUCGGAACCUUCGCCAUCAUGUCUCCCCCAAUGGCUAUUCCCAAUGCGCAAAGUGUCCAACCAACCAAUCGUCACUCGAAUGGCGUUUCCAACGGUCAUUCGGCAGCCGUGCCGAUCGUAGACCCCACAGCUAUGAGACGUCCUGUAGACUCAGUCCGGGUGGAGUCUGAGCAGACAGCCUACACCGACACUCAUAUCUUGGCUACCAGUGUUCACGAGAACACUCUCGUCACCCGCACCCCAUCUGGUGGGUAUGUACUCAAACCUACCAAACAAGCCAUCCAGUUCAAGACCGAGCGCCAGGUUCCUACUACUGGGCUCAUGCUCGUCGGCUGGGGUGGUAACAAUGGCACCACAGUCACCGCCACCAUUCUCGCUAAUAAGCACAACAUCAGUUGGCGCACCCGCGAGGGCAUCCAAACGCCCAACUACAUCGGGAGUAUUGUCAGAGCUUCUACGUUGCGCCUUGGAUCAGAUGCCCAAACCGGCAAGGAUGUCCACAUUCCGUUAUCCGACAUGUUGCCAAUGGUUCAUCCUAACGACUUAGUCCUUGGCGGUUGGGACAUCAGCGGCAUGCCACUUGACCAGGCUAUGCGCCGAGCCAAAGUCAUGGAAUGGGACCUCCAGGACCAGCUCAACCCUUUGAUGAGCCAAAUGAAACCCCUGCCAAGCGUAUACUAUCCAGACUUCAUCAACGCUAACCAAGAAGAGCGAGCUGAUAACGUCUUGCCUGGGACCAACAAACAAGCCCAUCUGGACCAAAUUCGCAAAGAUAUCCGCGACUUCAAGGCAGCCAACAAACUCGACAAAGUGAUCGUACUUUGGACUGCUAACACCGAAAGGUACUCGGAGCUCAUCCCCGGGAUCAACGAUACCGCGCGCAACUUGGAGCAGGCGGUGAAAGACAAUCAUGACGAAGUCUCCCCCUCAACCAUCUUCGCUAUGGCUUGCAUCUACGAAGGCGCCCCCUAUAUCAACGGUGCCCCUCAGAACACUUUUGUUCCCGGAUGUGUCCAACUCGCCGAGGAGCUUGGAGGGUUUAUCGGCGGAGAUGACUUCAAGUCGGGUCAAACUAAGAUCAAGAGCUGUUUGGCCGAGUUUCUUGUGAACAGCGGUAUCAAACCACUCAGCAUUGCCUCUUACAACCAUCUCGGUAACAACGACGGUCGUAACUUGAACGCCCAGAAGACCUUUCGCAGUAAAGAGAUCAGCAAGAGUAGCGUAGUUGAUGAUAUGGUGGAAGCCAACCACCUGCUCUACAAACCUCUAUUGGAAGCCCCUAAAGGAGAGAAGAAAAUCGAGGGUGGCGGGCAAGCUCGUAAGACGGAGCAUCCCGACCACUGUGUGGUCAUCAAGUAUAUGCCGUCUGUUGGAGAUGACAAGGUAGCAUUGGAUGAAUAUUACAGCGAGCUAGCGAUGGGUGGCCGCAACAAGAUUGUGAUCUCUAAUACCUGUCAAGACUCGCUCCUUGCGAUCCCGUUGAUCAUCGACCUUGUGAUCAUCACCGAGCUUCUGACCCGAGUCCAGUACCGCAAACCGAGUGGAAGUGCGACAGAAGAGUCGCAAUUCCAAAAAGUGUACCCGGUCUUGUCCUUGUUGAGCUCCAUGCUGAAGGCCCCGCUUGUCAGACCUGGCACUGACGUCAUCAAUGGGGCCGCCCGUCAACGCGCCGCCAUCGACCACUUCUUGAGAGCGCUCAUUGGCUUGCAACCUUUGACUGAGUGGGAGCAGUCCAAAAUCAUGGCCUGAUCCGAUCGCCUCUUAUCGACAUCGCUUGUCCCUGUGUUCUUGACGUGCAAGGCCGUCGAAACAGUGGGUCUUGACUUAUCUUAGUCACAGUUAGUGUCUGGCUUGACCUAUCCAGCCCCUUGGGCUCUCUUCUCUUCUACUUAGUCCUCGUUAUCGUACAUGUACUUGUGUGCUCCUAUGCCCAUUGUCUCCUCAAAGGAGUAUAUCGUCCUUGUGAGAGCCUAAGUAAUACACUGCUCAUCAAUUUAUCCAUGAUUUUUGGUGGAGGCAGAAGUAGUGAAUGUUUGAGUUGAAAAAACACAGUGUCCACAGUGGUGAGGAGGUUUAUUGGUCCUCCCUGUCCCACUAAUACCAUAUUGUAGUCCUUGGGAGAUUUUUG